CAAUGAAUGGACCCAGAUCGAGCACAUGAAUGAGAGGAGAAACGAUGCCAGCGCCACCACCCUGAAUGGCAAGAUAUACAUCUGUGGGGGCCACAAUGGAACAGAGAGCCUAUCUACAGUGGAGUACUUUGACCCCCUCACUAACGAAUGGAGCUUGAUCACUCCAAUGAGCACUCCCCGUCACAGCCUUGGAGUCACGGCAUAUAAAGGGAAGAUAUAUGCGGUGGGCGGUAUCAACAGGCCUGAUCACCUGCAGACCAUGGAGGUCUAUGACCCUACCACAAACCGCUGGCAUGCUGUGGCCCCCAUGUCCACACCGCGCAGUGAUUUUGGCAUCGCAGUGGUGGACGACCUCCUAUUUGUGAUGGGCGGCCACGAUGGGUUUGGGGUAACUAACAAGGUGGAGUGCUAUGAUGCGGGGACAGGCAGCUGGUAUCGUGCGCAGGACAUGAGCAGAGCCAGACAGCAUUUCAGCUGCUGCGUAGUGCCUGCGCACCCCCGCAUCAUAGAAUACGCUUCACCUCGUUAGUCCCUAAUGGCCGCCAAGGAGGAGAGAAACCCAUCUGCCCACAACAGCAUGCCCAACUCUGCUUCCUCAUUGGAAGGUGUGUUGGUGGGAUCGAGGUCUUUGAAGACAAAGCUGUCCGGAAGUAAUUUUCCAUGGCCUCGCUAAACUCCUCCCACACCUGAGUUUUUACCUCGACGACUGCCGAAGCCGCAUUCCAACAUUUCAUCAACGCUGUCCACCAGCGGGUUCGGGGAUUGCUGCCACAACAGGCCACAGCUCCAGUCAGCCGCCUCCACAAUGGAGGCAUGGAACAAGGCCCAUUCGUACUAGUCAGUCCCCUGCGUCCUCCAGGACAUGGGAGAAGCUCUGCUGGAGAUGGGAGCUGAAUCUUCUCCUGACAUUGCAUACUUAAAAUAAAGUUUUCUUUUUCAUAUUA